CCCUGAGAGGUAGAAGUAACGAAGAUUUCUGUGGUUUGAAAGUAUGAAAAGAAACUAAAAAGUAGCCGGAAAGAAUUGCCCCGGUCAGGGUGAACAGAACUUAAGGCAAGGAGCAGUCUGACCCAGCUCAUGGACAGACUGGAGACUGACUCCAUCAGUCCAGAGAAAGUACAAACCGACAAGAGAAAUUACUGCAGGCCUUGUAAUGGCCACUGAAAGACAGUAGAGCCCGAGCUGGCGGCAUGAGCGAGUUCACAUCGUCUUUCCGGAGGAGCUUCAGGCGGCUCACCUGGCAUGGGGGGCUUGGGCGCCCCAGAGCAGGGGGGACACUGGGGGCAAAAGGUCGGGGCACAGAGAAAGGCAUCGAGAGAAGCAUUUCAGUUGAAGAGAAGACGCCAGAACAAGAUGUGUCCCGAUAUUCAGCACAGUUCUUUGAAUAUCUGGUGGUUGUUUCUCUAAAGAAGUCCAGUGCAACAUACGAGCCACAGAUAACCUACCAAUUUCCGAAGAGAGAGAAUCUGAUGCGUUCCCAGAAGGAGGAAGAGGAAAGUUUACUCAAAGCGAUCCCAUUAUUUUGUUUUCCAGAUGGCAAUACCUGGGCCCCACUCACUGAAUACGAAAGUGAAACCUUCUCCUUCGUCCUGACCAACAUGGAUGGCAGCAGGAAGUUUGGCUACUGCAGACGCCUCUUGCCACGUGGAGGAGAAGCCCGACUGCCAGAGGUUUUCUGCAUCAUCAGCUGCCUGGGCUGUUUUGGCCUUUUCUCCAAGAUUCUCGAUGAGGUUGAGAAGCGGAGGCAGAUCUCUUUCGCUGUGAUCUACCCCUUCAUGCAGGGGCUGCGGGAAGCAGCAUUCCCAGCUCCAGGAAAGACUGUCUGUGUGAAAAGCUUCAUUCCGGAAUCGGGAACAGAAAUCAUCAAGCUGACACGGCCCUCUGACUCUCGCCUAGAACACGUGGACUUCUCCUCUCUCCUCAAAUAUUUAUCUGAGGAAAAUGUCAUUCACAUCUUUGCCUCAUUGUUGCUGGAGCGACGAGUGAUAUUCCUGGCAGAGGAGCUCAGCAUCCUGUCUCAGUGUAUCCAUGGCAUUGCUGCCCUGCUCUACCCAUUCACCUGGCAGCACACCUACAUCCCAGUCCUGCCCAAGGUGAUGCUGGACAUAGUCUGCUCUCCAACACCUUUUGUAGUGGGAGUCCAGCGACAGUUUCUGGAACAGCUGCAAGAGCUGCCCAUCGAGGAGUGUUUAAUGGUGGACUUGCACCCGGGGACAUUCUUGAAAAAAGUUGGUGAUGAGAAUGACAUUCUGCCCCACAAGCUGUACAAGGAGCUUCUGAACUCCCUGCAAAGCCAGAGAAAUUCCUGCCAGUCCAGCCAGGAGUUGAACAAAAUGGUGACAAAUACCUUUGUGCUUUUCUUUAUUAAAAUCGUUGGGCAUUAUCCUGCUCACCUUAAACGAAACGGCAAUGAGACCACCUUCCAAGACAAGCAAUUCCGCAAAUCCGUCACAUCUAAAUCCAUCCGCAGGUUUCUCAAAACCUUCAUGGUGACGCAGAUGUUCUCGUUGUUUGUUCAGGAGCUCCAGGGACGUCCUUGUUCUCAGGAAGGGUUUUUCGAGCAGAAGAUAAGAGAGCAUCAGGAGAGCAGAAAUAAAGUAAAAUAGGUUACUUUAUACCAAAGAGAGGAGCUGACAUCAGGAGGACCAUCGAUUGUUAGGCUGCAACCUCUCCCCGGCCUGUCAAUCAAAGGCCAGAAAUACAGAGCCACUAAAUGCUCAGGGUCAAAGAAGGAGGCGGAUACCUCAAAAGCUUGUCGUCAUUGCAAGUGGCUUGUAAAUAUUGAAUGUUUCUAUUUAAAUAGACUAAUUUUUGAAAGGACUAUUUGGAAAAGAGAAAGCGAUAUAGAGGAGAUCUUUGAAUAUUUUAAACAAUGGUUUCAUUGACGUG